AUGUCCAGUUCAUCAUCUUUAUCUUCAUCUACUACUACUGCAACAACAACCAGUGCACGUAUUCGUUUACCAUCAAUAAGUGAAUUGACUUCACGAUCAACCAUUAGUGGAGGUAGUAAUAAUGGUAAUGGUUCUGCUUUGAAAUCACAGAUAUCGCCAAGAUUGUCUGAUACAUCAAGAAUAUUACCAAGUAUACUUAAGAAUACUAGUGGAUCAUCUACACCUACUUCUUCAUCUACACCCUUCAAAUGUCCACCAAUAAAGUCUACCGUUGGCGGUACUUUAUCAAGUGGAAACACUCAAUCAAAUUAUGUUUUGGGUAAUACUAAAAUAAAUAGUUUACCAAGACUUUCUUCACCUACAUUGCCUGUCAAAGUGCAACCUCAACAACAGCCACAAUUACCUCCUGCAUCGUCACUUAGCCCAGUGACAAGAGUAAUCAAUACCCCACCACAACAACCACAAUCAGUUUCUGCUUCUACAUCACCAAAUACCCAAUACCAAUACUAUCAAUACCAACAACAAUCUUCACCAAUUCAACAGCAACAACAACAACAACAAGCCACCCCAGCUGCAACACCAACUGUCAUGCAAAUGGCACAAAAUCAACCAUCACACCCUGCCCCAUUACAAUACGCCACUCAACAGUACUAUCCACAACCAGUAUACUAUCAAAGCCCAGCUGGUGUGCCACCUCCACCACCAUCUGUAACACAUCAAGGUCAUAUAAUAGCAGUGCAUCAACAUCCAGGCCAUUUACCACAAGUUGGCGUUAAUGGUAUGCCACCUAAUGUGGGUUACACUAUAGUGCAGCCGGAAAUCGUCAACAAGUCAACUAACAGAUGUCACAGGUGUGGUACUACAGAGACACCUGAAUGGAGAAGAGGUCCAAAGGGUGUGAGAACAUUGUGUAAUGCAUGUGGGUUAUUCCACGCUAAAUUGGUAAAGAGAAAAGGGGCAGCAUUGGCAGCAGAAGAGGUAUUGAAUAAUAAAGUGACAAAAGGGAAGAACGGUCGAAGAAUAAGUAUGAAGAAACAUCUUUUGAAUGAGAGUUUAAAACAACAACAACAAAUUAAUGGUGUGGGUAUUCCGAUUAAUGGAUUUAAUCAUCAAAUAUUGCCACCAUCAUUUAAGCCUCAACAAGGAGGAAUCGCCACAUUGCCUCCUUUGAUGCACGGCCAAUAUCCAAACAAUGUGAACAAUCUUGUCAUUCAUCAACCACCACCACAACAACAACAACAACAACAGCAACACAACAACAUAUGUUAG